AAGAGACAACUCAUCCCUAAUUCCUAGCUCCAUAUUGUAGCUCACUAGCUACAAUUUACGCUGUGAUAACAGGAAGGUUAUAUAUUUGAUAGUGGGAAGAGGGUUUCGUUAUUGAAAUAAUGAAAUGUUCACUAUUUUAAUCGUGUAGUUCAUCUUAUUUUAAAAUGGCAUUUUCUUUAUUACCAAGAAGAUUCUUGAAGUUUCUCUGGAAUGAAGAAAGUGUUAGAAGGAUAUCUGUUAGCUCUGUGAGGUUUAAUGAAGAUGAAUCUAACAAAAAAUCAUCAGCUGCUGAUAAGUUACAUUCACUUUUACAGGAUAUUAUUAAGGAUGAAACACUAAUUAAAGAAAAUAUAGUAAAGGCAACUGCUGAGCCUGUUAUUGUGCCGGUAAAAAAGAAACGUCCUGAGAAACCAAAGAAUUUAGGUGAAAAAAUUGUUGAUUCGGCAAAAGAAGUUGCCAAAGGUUUAGAAGGAAAGCCUGAAGAAACAGAAGCGCAACUUCUUCAUCGGGUACUUUUUAAAAACAAGCCUCUUGCAGAAAGUGUUACAAAAGCUGCUGCAAACGAUACAUUGAAGGAGCUUCUUUCAGGAAUGGAUGUUGAAAGAACUCCAACAGUACAAAAAAAAAAAGCAAUGGAUGAAACAGGAAUUAGUCGAGCUGAACAGAUUCGAAUGGAUUUAAAAAAGAAACCAUUCUUCAGGCCUUCAAGAGGACCUAUUGUUGGAGAAAAAAUCAACAUAUUUGGCGAGAAACCUCUUGGCAUAUUUAAAGCUGAUGAGCUGAAGGAAAUUGAAGAGCCUUUGACAACAUGGGAAGCAAUGGAGAAGAGAGAACUUCAGUUACUCGUCAGCCACCCUCCUUCUAAUAUUUACGAACAGAUGAUACAAUGGACAGAGAAGGGUAUCUUAUGGAAAUUUCCCAUCAACAAUGAGCAAGGUCUAGAAGAGGAAGAAACUUCGGAUUUUACUGAACACAUAUUUCUUGAAAAUCAUCUGGAAGAUUGGUGCCCUGAAAAGGGUCCUAUUAGACACUUCAUGGAGCUAGUCUGCGUUGGACUGUCCCGUAACCACUGGAUCACGGCUGAGGAGAAGAAACAGCAUAUCCUAUGGUAUAGGGAUUACUUCUCUAAGAAAAAGGCUUUGUUGCAAGAAUUAGAAUUAGGUGAAAUAAAAGCUAUUAGUGCAAAUUAGUUUUGUUAUGUUUUUGUCUUUAAGUAAUAAUUAUAUUUAUAUUUAUUGUAAAUAAAUAAUAUAAAAGUUUUUUCAA